AUGAAAAACACUUCCUUGCUCAUAGUUCUUUUGACUGGUUUUGUUUUCAUUACAUUUGUUAUCGAAGUAAGCAGUAACUGUGCCCCUGAAGCAAAGGAGGACUGUGGCGAACACAAACAAUGUGUGAAGCAGGGAGAAAAUAACACCUACCACUGUGUUUGUAAGGAAGGAUUUACGACACUUGAAGACUCUUGUCAAGAUUUGGACGAAUGCCAGAAAAGAGAUAUUCGAACAAAAUGCAAGCGAAAAGGAGCAAGAUGUAAAAAUACACCAGGUUCUUAUACGUGCAAAUGUCCUCGAGGAUUUGUAAUGCAUUUGGAGGCGGAUUACUGUAAAGACAUAGACGAAUGUGAAGAUGAACCAUGUCACCACAAAGCCGUCUGUCAAAAUGAAAGAGGUUCCUACACUUGCACUUGCGUGAAAGGAUUUGCUGGUGAUGGUCACGAGUGUGUCGAGGACCUGGCAUACAAACAGAAACAAAAAAUAAAGCAGAUCAUGACGAUUGGGGGCGCGGCUGGAGGGGGGACAUUGUUUCUUAUUGCCCUUAUCGCCUGUUUCUUGGGAGCAAGGAAGAAAAAACCAAAGGAGGAGAAAGUUGAAGACGCUGACUCAACUCUCACUGUGCAUAGCAGAUGGGAGAGCUCUGAGGAAUCAGAUGACGAUGACGAAUAGCAUAUCUUUAACAGAUCGUUGUAAUUAUGUAGACCACACUGUUCUCAGGAGGAAAAAAAAAUACUGAAUCACAGAUUUCUUUUCAAGGACAUUUUUUGUUCACAAGUAAUAGUGCUGCAUUGUUUUUUUGUUUGUUUUUUUUUUUUAAACCGACAUAAUCUGGCUUUGACAACUUGAAAAACAAAAUCUCAGAGAGAAAGAACAACUUAAAGCGGAAACAACUAUGUUUUUCUAUUGUAUAAUAAUAUCAUUUUAAGGUAAAUUGAUUUUGUUACGUAUUUGACCUGUUACCCGGCAAAAUAAAACCAACAAAAAAGUAACAACUGGUAGCAAAAAA